AUGGUUUACAUGAUUGUCUACGAUAAUAGCAGUCUCUUUGGAUGUUGCCGUUGUGAAAAGCUCAUGCGAAGAUGGCUAGGUGGUGUAUAUAAAUGUAAAGCUGAUACGGACGAUUUUGCAGAUAAUUCUGACAUUGCGACUGAUCUCUCAUUUCAUAACAAACGAACCGGAAACUCUACAACAACUUGCGAUGCAAAGUCCGCAGAUGGCGCAUACUCUCUGGCCAAUAUCCUUAUUGAAAUCCCGUUCUCCAAUAACGCACGCAUUAUCUAA